AGACGAAGAAGAUUAGCCACUUCCUACUCUCCUGAGCCACGUGAGUCUGUGCCAAAAACGAUGCAACUAAAAUAAACCUUGACAGAGGAAAACGGCGCAUUAGAGACGCCGCACUGACGCUGAUCAUAACUGCGCUGCGUAAAAACAUCAACAUGGCGCUGUACGUGAAAGCCGCAGAGAUUUUGGAGAAAGCGGAGAAAAAACAAGGCGCUCUGAAGACUCUGGUGUACGACAGUAAGUUUAACAACGUCAAACAGCUUUUUGCUCUGGUCUUUGAGACGCACAAGUUCUCCGCGGUGCUGGAGGAGAUCAUCAGCACCACCAAACUCCUGAAGCUGACCAGGCUGAAGCUCCCACAGGCCAAAGUCCUGGUGUACGACCUCCUCCUGGGACACGGGCUCAAAUGCGGCGGGGCGUGGAAGGCCGCCCUGCUCAAGAACCGAGCCCGGCUCCAGGCGGCUCUGGCCCGGAUCAAAGUGCGCCAGGGAGUCUGCAACAACCAGGACCUUAUACCCGCCAACGGCCCGCAGGACCAGCGCCCUCUGCCCAGGUAUGUACGUGUGAACACUCUGAAGACCAGCGUAGCAGACACUGUGGACUACCUGAAGAGAGAAGGGUUCACGUACCUCGGCCAGGCCAGAACUGUGGAGGACCUCACGCUUAAAGGCACACACUUCGUACAGGACAUGGACAUACCUGAGAUCCUCAUUUUCUCCCCCAAAACCGACUUCCACAACCACUUCCUGUACAAGGCGGGACACUUGAUCCUCCAAGACAAAGCCAGUUGCCUCCCUGCCCAUGUGCUGCACCCUCCUCCGGGCAGCGUCGUCCUGGAUGCCUGCGCAGCCCCAGGGAACAAGACCAGCCACCUUGCUGCACUGAUGGAGAACCGGGGCAGGCUCCUGGCUCUGGACCUGGAUGCCAAGAGGCUGUCCACUAUGUCUACCCUGCUGCUGCGGGCAGGGGUCACCUGUCAGACCCUCAGGCACCAGGAUUUUCUGAAGGUGGACCCCCAGAGUGCAGAGUACAGAGAAGUGGAGUACAUCCUGCUAGACCCCUCCUGCAGCGGAUCAGGUAUGGUGUGCCUGAGGGACGACUCUGACACAGACCCGGCUCGGCUCUCCUCUCUUGCUGCAUUUCAGCUCAAAUGUCUGAAACACGCUUUGAGCUUCCCCCGUGUGAACAGACUGGUCUACUCCACCUGCUCUGUGCACCGGCAGGAAAAUGAGGACGUGGUCUCUGCCUGUCUGCAGGAAAACAACCACUUCAGGCUGGUGCCAGUGCUUCCGCAGUGGCCCGAGCAUGGCCUGCCGCCCCUCUCUCAGUGCCUCAGAGCCAGCCCCUCUUCCACUCGCACACACGGCUUCUUUGUGGCUAUGCUGCAGAGACACAGUGAGACAGAGCCAAUGGAACCACCUGCUCCUGUCAGCGUUGCUCUUGGCGGGUCUCUCAGUCCGUCUUUGAGUACACCCCUUGUUUCUGUCCCAGAGUCUGAAGUUUCAGACACAGAAGACCAACCAGAGCCCACCUCUGACUCCACUGACCAGACUGGACCAGGACCCGCUCUGAAGAAGAGGAGGAGGAAGAGGAAGAAGAAAAACAAGACCUCCGGGGCAUCUGGUUUAACUACACAGUGAUUUAUGGAUUUAUGAAAGUAAAAUUUAAAUGACAUUAGUGAGUGUUUGUAUUUAUUACUACAGUGUUCACUAAUAAAGUUAUUUCUGUAAAUUUAUGUUGAAAUCUCACUUUCCCCAACUAACCUGCAAUUCUUCAGCAGUGAU